AUCUAUGUCUGUAUGUGUCUUCCAGUGACGUAAAAUUUAGCUGAUUGCGUUUUGGAUAUUGUCUGCACAGGACGAGGAUUGUCCGAAACUUUUCAGUAAAACGGGGAGGAUUUUCUGAGCAGCCUCCGUCGGCAUCUAUUAAAUAGCAGACGGACAUUUCAUAAAAUGUCGUAUGCUUAUUUGUUCAAGUAUAUUAUAAUUGGUGAUACAGGAGUGGGCAAAUCAUGUCUCCUGCUCCAGUUCACCGACAAACGAUUCCAACCGGUUCAUGACUUGACUAUUGGUGUUGAAUUUGGUGCUAGAAUGAUAACCAUUGAUGGAAAACAAAUCAAAUUGCAGAUUUGGGACACUGCGGGCCAGGAGGCGUUCCGCUCCAUCACGCGCUCGUACUACCGCGGGGCGGCGGGCGCGCUGCUGGUGUACGACAUCACCCGGCGGGAGACCUUCAACCACCUGACCACGUGGCUGGAGGACGCCCGCCAGCACUCCAACUCCAACAUGGUCAUCAUGCUCAUCGGCAACAAGAGCGACCUGGACGGGCGGCGGGAGGUGAAGAAGGAGGAGGGGGAGGCCUUCGCCCGGGAGCACGGCCUCAUCUUCAUGGAGACCUCGGCCAAGACGGCGGCCAACGUCGAGGAGGCGUUCAUCAACACGGCCAAGGAGAUCUACGAGAAGAUCCAGGAGGGCGUGUUCGACAUCAACAAUGAGGCAAACGGCAUCAAGAUCGGGCCGCAGCACUCUCCGACCAACCCCAGCCUGCCCGCCGGCUCCAGGGACUCCGUGCCCGGGGGUGGCUGCUGUUAGGAGCUGCUGCGCCUCGCCCCCUGCUGCGAGUGAGGCCGCACCCCUCUCCACAAGACCCUUCCCCCCCCCCCCCCCCCCCCUGGUCGCAGCAGCCGCGAGGCCGUGCCUCGUGCCAAACGUUCUUCAACCUCCUGUCUCUUGCGUCUCUGCCGUCUCUCGCGCAGGGCCCUGCAUUUUUUUUUAACUCCAGUCACAGUUCGUUUCUCCUUUCCCUUUUUUUUUAUUGUCUAGCGUGAGGAAAUAAAACAGUCGUAGGGCAUAUUGCUCUGUGAUCAAUUAUGUGAAAACUUAAUAUAGUUAAGGUCAGUUAUUUUUGUUCUGUUGAAUAUCUAGAAAUAUGUUAAGAGUAAAAAAAAAUCUCUCUUCGCACUUUGUAGCUGUUAGUGUUAGCUGUAGAAAUCAUACUGAAUUGUAUAAUGUGUGUUUUUAUGUAGGCGAUUGUAUAAUAUUCAAAAAAUACAAUUGUACAAUGUUUAAAUAAGUAUGUAAUUUAUGCUUGAAAAUUUUGUUAUUUAAUAUUUGGAUUUAUAUAAAUUUGUUAUGCAUUUUAUUAUAUUUUAUUAGCAAAAUGUCUAUAUACUACAAUUAGCCUGGCAAUUUUUUUUUAUCUUUUUUUAUUUGUUUUACAAAGUAUAAACUAAAUAUGGUGAUUGGGGUUUGCACCAUGAACUCUGAUUUUUGUUAGGAACUGGCAGUAAUGAAAACUUUGUAAUCAGUGGAAUGGUUUAAAGUAUUUCACAUAACCAUUUUUUUUUUGUGGUAUUAGUUCUAUUUAAAAGACAAGAUUUUAUAUAUAUGAUUAUUUUGAUCUAUGUUCAUUAAUUUUUUUUUUUUUCCCCCAUUGUCAGGAAUCCCUUUUUCGGAAAUCAAAAUUAUAUACAAACUAACUCUCCAUCAGUUUCUCUAAGUUAACUUUCAUACAAAAUAAUGUUAUGAGAAAACAUGCCCAUUUAAAAAUUGGUAUCGUGAUUAGUCUUGUGUACUUUAAGCACACAAUUGUAUGUUUAUUUAUAGUUUAAUCCCACAGAUGUAACUUUAUUUUUUAUGUUCGCUUGCAAAGUGCACAAUAGCAGAUACAUUGCAGCUUGAAGUAUGUCUCCUGAUCUGCUAACAGUGUCGUUGCAUUCCAGUUUGGGGGCAUUUUGGUGCUGAUAGUUCAUGAGCACUGCAGACAGUACGUGGCUGAGAUAACUUAAGUUUUCACUUAGUUACGUCAUCACCGUUGACUCAUUCUCCUGCAGUUGUUUGCCAUUUAACCCCCACCCUAUUUACUCCGUGCCCCAAUCUAUUUUUAUAGCCACUUUUCUCUUGAAUUAAGCCAUAUUCAGUUUUCAGCUUUAUCAGAAAGCUAAUUGUAAGGGUUUUUGAGUAAUGUGAUUAUGUAUUCUUACAACACCAACUACUAGGUGGUUAUUUUGUCAAUUAUUUUUCGACCACAUGUAAAUUAACUCAGUAGAUUAACUUUUUUUUUGUAGUUGACAUGUGAUUUAUUCUAGUGCUUAAAAGUGGUUGUUAGAUCAAUUCAGAGUUAUAAAAAAAAAGUUGGUCUAUAUUUAACUGUGUAGACACUGACAGCCUUUUGAGAGUGGAUGCAAUCCCAAAAAUAUUGCAUCCAGUGUGAAACCUGUAUACAUCCAUGCGAUAAUGUUUGCUUCUUUUAGUACGCCAAUUAUUGUGGCGCUGAUGAAUUUUGAAAAGUAAUUAAUAUUUUUGUGAGUGGCUGUGCUCAUUAUACUAUGCAUGUUACUUGUAAUUCUAGCAUUGUAAGUAUGUUGUAUUCUGGAUGCAUGUAUUAUAAAUGAUGGUAGCACAGAUUGUGAUGCACUAUUUAUUUCAUUAGAUUUAUCUUUGGAAAGAACCUCAGAUAACAUCAGGAGUUUGAACCAAUUUAAGCCACUGGUUUUGCAAGUUAACAUCACAUUUGUCAAUAGGAUAGGGCACAAAAAUUGUAGAAAAACUGUAUCUUUUAAAUAAAAAAAAAAGGAUGUAAAAAGGUUUUGUACACUUUAAUUGCUAAAUGGAACUAUUUAAUUUAAUAAAUAUAUGUAUAUCUAUAUGAAA